AUGUCCACGCUAUCUUCUCCCCGACCUUCGAUUGCCUCUUCACGCGCUCAUUCACCGACCCCAGCAUCCUCACGGCCAUCUCUCGAUGCGCUGAACACAAACCUCCCCGGCGGGCUUAGUGCCUCGUCAACACCAUCCACCGCACGAGCAAUCUCCCCCAACCCACGCCGCAAUCGCUCCGCUCUACGAGACUACUACAAUCUCAAGCCUCCAGGCGCGGACUCUGGAAGUCCAGGCGGAAGCUUUCGAUCCCGCAGUGUUCCCCGAAAUACCGAUGCAGGCGAUAUUUCCAACCCAUCUACCCUGGCCUCGGGGACGGAGCUGGACAAUGCGGACUUCGACCCGCAGCGCUACGUCGACCACCUCCUAUCUACAUCCUCUCUUUCCACGAUCCUCAAAGCCGAGAACACCCUUGUCGGCGACAUUCGCACCCUCGACGGCGAGAGGAAGGCUUUGGUCUAUGAUAAUUACUCCAAGUUGAUCCGCGCCGUCGAGACAAUUGGCAAGAUGCGGAAGAGUAUGGAUGAGCGGGGUGCUCCUUUGACCAUGACCAAAACCCUCGGUCCGGCGAUUGCGUUUGUUGCUGAGACUGCGGGUGGGUUAAUCAAGGAGGGCGAGGAGCAAAGACGGCGAAUUAAAGAGGAAAGGGAGGCGGAGCCACCACAGCCUAAGAAGGCCGAGAAGGAGACCGUGAGGUGGGUGCUCGCGGCGCCUGAGCGCUUGGAGAAGCUUCUGGUAGAAGAGAAACAGACAGAGGCGGAGAAAGACUGGGAGGAGGUUCAACGCUUGCUCGAUGCCUGGGGCGAGGUCAAGGGUGUUGCAGAAGUACGGGCAGCUUGCGAGAAGGUCAUGGAGAAGCCAAGCAACGAUGACUGA